AUGAACCGCGCUUCGCCUUUUUCACGAAACGCCGUUCAUCUAACACGUCAUCUACUGCAUUCAGCACAGAUCGUUUCUGGGGGCCAUCCUCGACCAAAGUCGGUUUCCGUUUUUAGCCAAUUACCUGCUCGCCUUUACUCGGAUACUCUCAGCGUCACAGACUCUAUCCAGGACCCCGUUGUAGAAAUUGACGAUAAUAAGACGAAAAGUCGGCCAAAAAAAAAGUCUUUGAAAAAGAAAACUAACCCAAAGAAACGACGCCGUAAAGUAGAACUUCUCCCCCCCGAGCAUGUAAGCGAUAGCUCGUCCUCUCUAAUUCAAGAACUUUUAACAGUUCGUCAUCACUCGACUUUGGGUCGUGAGCUGCUAAUGGGCCGUGAACCUCGAGCCGACAUUAAAGUUACAGCCGCAGAUUUAGACAGCCUUAAACCUACUACAUCCAAGAUUAAUUAUCUAGCCUACCAGGAACUCGUUGAUAAGAUCUCUGGAGGAUUUCUCGCAGACCAGUUACGCGACUAUCUGAGAAAACACAGUGUCAGAGUACCAUCUAACAAGGGUGCGAUAAUUAAAAAAAUUAUUCGCGAUGUGUGGAACAUAAGCGAAUUCUAUCCAAAUGAAUAUUGGAAUAAGAUUCUGAGAGAGACUGUGCAAGCGGAUAGAAGUACUUUGUAUUUCUUAAUUGGUCCUGACGGUGAGACAUUGCAAACCAUAGAGUCAUCUACUGGUGUUAAUAUACGCAUUAAUUUGGAGAGAGAGUCAUAUGCUUUAUUUGGCAAGCGAGCGGAUGUGGUAAUGGCGAAAGAGAUGAUAAAGAAUGCAACGGAUUGUGCUUCCAAAAUAAUAGAUCCCGCUCCACAUAUAAUCAUUGACGAUAGAUCAUUGAACGAAAUUAUGCCAUACAUUGUCAAUGUCUGUCGAAUGGCUAGCACAUUUAUCGAGGUCAAUGGAAAUAAGUUGGUGAUAUAUGGUCAGAGCGAAGAUAAUAUCAAAGAGGCCAUUCGAUUACUCGAUAAAGCAUGGUCAAAGCCUGAUGUCAACGAGAAUCAUUUGACACUGUGUAGUAGCUUGGAUACUACUGCACAACAAUACGCAUUUUUUCCGAUAUAUGAUCUGAAAGCAAUGUCAAUGUAUUGGAAGGAUUCUACAUGGUAUCGGAUAGGGAAAGUGCUGGAAAAGGGAACCAAGGACCUGCUCACCAAACCAACAAUCGUUGACCCGCUCUCGGUAUUAAAUGCGAGUAAAAGCAUAGAAAAUUCAGGAACAAUGGAUAGAUUUUCUGAUACCAAAUUUCAGCUACUGGGCAAACAUUUGCGCAAAUACAUUGAAGAUGAAUCUCCAAAUACAAAAGUUGACCUGUGCGCUCUCUAUCCAUUUUAUGGUCUUGUUGAAGGACUCUGGCCAGUCUCAGAACCGGAGGAAUGUGUUGAUGUUGAAUAUGUGGUGAACGCGGACGAAUCUCUGUCAGAAUAUCAACCUGUACAUUUAAAUCUCAAAUUCAAAAUUCACAAAGACAACAGAAUCGAGCUUCAGAAAGUGUUGGGCUGCAAAAAACGACUCAUUGUUGAUUUUAUGAUGAUGGAUAGACCAGCAGAUUUCAGAAUAAUGGCCGCCAGUUCACUUGAUUUAUUUUCCGCCAAAGGAGCAGAGAAAUUUAUUGAUAGAUGUUCUCUCAGCAGUGAUGGAAGGAAACACUUUGAAUGUCCUCGCGAAUUUCAAUUCGAAAUGCCUCCUGGAGAAGAGACUGCAAAGUCAUCACUUCAAUAUACGCUCAACAAUAUAUCAUUGUCAUCUGUAAGUCGAUACGAGUAUUCUGGAUUACUAUUAGAGACAAGAAUAAGCCAACAACAAGAGACAAAUGCCACUAUAUUACAAACAAAGCUCUUGUGCAAGGAAGCUCCACCACCAGCAUAUACACAAUUGGCAGAGCCAUCAACCGAAGAAUUAAUAAAAGAUCUAUUUGGAUCGGGUAAAGACACUAGCGAUAAAGAACCCACCAAUGAAAUGCAUGCUGCUUCCGUAGAACCCGAGGAAAAGCAAAAUCAUGUAGAGAAAACUUUUAAUCUAUGGGAGUCAUUUAUCAGACGGACACUCGACAUUGAUGAAAUCGACGCGUUAACUGUUACGCGUGGUCUUGGUGAUUCCGAUGGUGGAGGAGCGUCUGUUGCUGACCGCGUCCUUGCUCAAUUGCUGAAUGAGCUUGAUGGAAUUGAGCCUUUAGUGAAUGUUACGAUCGUGGCGGCGACGAAUCGGCCUGAUAUAAUUCUGUACUCUCAAGGACUCUGCGCUCUUACGUCCGGGACGAAUCGACAGGAUGUGUCUACGAUUGUGUAUCAAUUAAAGAUGGUAGAUUAA